AUGAGUGAAGAAGAUCUGGCUCAUCAAGUCAAACGAAGUUUGCUAAGGAAAAGAUAUCUCAUUGUUUUGGAUGAUGUAUGGGAUAUUGAAGCAUGGAACAGAUUGGAAGCCUCAUUCCUUGAUAAUGGAAAUGGAAGUAGAGUUAUCUUGACAAGUAGGCUCCAUGAUGUUGCUCCGCAAGAUAAACUCCAUCACGAAACACAUUCUCUUCGGCAACUCACUCCUGAUCAGAGUUGGGAUUUGCUAAAAGCUAAGUUAUACCCUGGAAAAGAUUUAACUCCAAAAUUGUGUGAACUUCAACAGCAAGUUGUGGAAAUCUGUCAAGGGCUACCUCUUACAGUUGUCAUUCUUGCUGGAAUUCUCUCAAGCAUGGACCGACGUGAUUGGAAAGAAGUUGUGGAAGGUUUGAGUUUAAGAAAUGUCUCUAGUAUAGAACAAUGUAUCGCUACAUUAGAGCUAAGUUACAAACAUUUAUCAGAUAAUUUGAAGCACAAGAGAUCAGAGGAUGUGGCAAAUGAUUACCUGAUGCAACUUAUUAGCAGAAACUUAGUCAUAGUGUCCAAACCAGGAUCCAUUGAUGGUCAAAGCUUGUCGCAUUCACGAUUUGUUGUAUGA